UCAAAAAAUCGGCAAUCGGCUGCUAAGUUGUAAUUCCAAGUGUUCAAAAGUUUGUUACUUAAAAAUGUUCGCCAAUCUGAUUUUCGUCUGCUUGGCAGCUGGUACUUUUGCCCAGUCGUCAGCAUCAGCUAGAGGCGCAUCCUCUUCAUCAGCAUCAGCUUCUUCUAAAGCUUCGUCAUCCGAGAAUUCUGGAUGGACCAAUGGUCUGUGUCCCGAAGUUGUUGGGGUGCCUCUUGAUAUGAACAAAAAAUCUGGAUAUUGGUAUGAAGUUCAACGCAGCGCUAAUGAUUUCUUCAACUUAGAUAGAUGUAUCAAAGCGAUUUGGGGAAAACCAGUUAACGGCGUCUCGAAAGUUAUAAACAAAAGUUUCUCAAAUGUCGGUGGCGUUACUGAGACAACUGUUAUGCGAGUGGAAGAAAGAGGACCUCAAAUUUAUUGGACGUACCAUGUUCCAAUUUUGGGAACGAUCAGCCCGAAUCAUGCGUACUUGGACAUCGAUUACGAUAAUUAUGUAAUAGCUUGGACCUGCAAAAAUUGCGGAGAUAAACACCGUGAAUCAGUUCUUGUGCUAUCAAGAUAUCCAAAGUUACCUAAUAACAUCUACCAGGCGGAACGCAAUGCAUUCGCUAAAUUCAACCUCACAAUGCCACAAAUGGUCAGCCACGACUUGUCAAAUUGCCGCCAACUAUAUGAUUCUUAUGAUUUUGGCAAAGAUAUGUGAAUAUUAACAACACUAGAUGGCUCGUGGAAAAUUUAACCAUAAGACACUGAUUAUUUUUUUGGAAUCAAAAAUAUCAUCGAAG